CGCGCCUCUCUGUCCGAAUUACUCUUUGAUUUCUGCAUCUUUUGCUGUGUUUGUUCUUCCGGUUUGGUUCGCGUGCUCUUCUUGUUUUCGCUCCGUGGAGAGGUCGGAUUUUUUGUGACUUUUGCUGUACUCCGAUGGUCAUGGUUGGUUGAUCGGUUUGUGUCAUUGGCGCUGGGAGGAGGAUGAGGCGUAGGGUUUGGAGUUUUGAGCGUUCUCCAGCGGAUUUGUCUUUGUUCCUUUAUUUGAGGGUUGUAAUGCUCGAUUUUUUGUGUUUUAAUGGCUUCUCAUCCUAGGUAGAGCUUUUAUUUUAUUUUUUAAAAAUUGUUUUGUUAUCUGUCAUUUGCCUUCAAAUGGGUUUUUUGGCGAUCGGAUGAAGUCUGUGUCUAUGAUUCAGAAGUCUUCUGCAGUUUUUUUAUGGUUUCCAGUGAUGCUGUUUGGGGUCUGCUUUGGUCUCGUUUUUGUGGUAGAUGGAUUUAUCUUGAAAUGUUGGGGUAAUGGAUUUUUAAAUGUAUGAAUAGGUUAAAUUUUGAUAUUCUUUUGCCUUUUUUUAAGGGUCUCCAGUGAGGCUGUUUGAUGUCUACUUUGUUCAUUGGUUUUGAUUUUUGUGAUAGAUGGAUUUAUCUUCGAAUGUUUUGAGUACUAUUUUUUUUUUUUUUGAAAUCCAGAAGCAGAUCGAGUUUUGAUGUCUGAGCAUUUUUUUUAGGGUUUUCAGUCAUGCUGUCUGAUGUCUACUUUGUUUCAUUGCUCUUGAUUAUGUGUUGGGCGGAUUAUCUGGAAAUGUUGGAAUCCUAGAUCUUUUAAAUCUAAGAUUAGAUUGAACUUUAAAUAUCUGUGGGCAUUUUAUCUUCCUUCGGUUGUUCCAUUUAUUGUCGAUCAUCGAACUUAUUGUGACAUGUGUCCUGAAUUGCAAGUUCUGGCUCCAGAAUCUUUCGUUAUGAAAUGUAUGCAUGUUGUCGGGGCAGUGUUCGAUACUAAGUCAUUGUCUGGGCAGUGUUCGAUGCUAAGUCAUCAUGAAAUUUGUCGGAAUGCUAAUUUGUGAAAUUUGUCGUUUUCACUAUGUCAACCAACUUUAGUUAUAUGUCAGUGCUGCAUGAACUUUCUAAGAAUGAUUAGGAAUUUACUCUGUAUUUCAAUCAUUGAUGUCUGGUUAAGUUCAUGGUGGCUAAGCUGAUCUUGAUCAUUUGAUGGCAUUAUCGCUGGUAUAAUUAUUGAUCAAAGGUUGCUAUUGUGGUUAGUUGGGAGCAAAGAGGCUAUAAUCCCUUAUUUUCCAAGGCAAAAGCCAUUAUUGCUUGGCCAUUAAUAAUGCCUGUAACGGUAGGUAGAGCUGAUUAGCAAUUGUUCAGCUUGGGUUGUGCUACAAUCACUGUCAUGUACAUGUUGGAUCGCUUACCUUUUUUUUUAUUUGCACUGGUUUCUUUUUUUCUUCAAUGAAUGAUAGUAUACUGCAUCAUAAUGUAUCUUUUACUGUUUUUGGAUAUAUUUUUCAUAGUGCUGAUGCUCAUUAUUGACUUAGGCUUGCUUAUUGACUGUUGCUAAGUUCAUUUUGUAGAAAAUUUCAGUGCCGUUUUUCAUUUUCAUACUCUGCAAUGCUCUUGUAAUGAUUGAUUUAACUUGAGGAUCAUAGGUGCAUAAAUAAUUUCAACAAGUUAACCAGCCUAACCUGUCACAAAUCUCAAACUUCUCACCAUAUUGGAAAUCUUGUGCAGAGUGCGGGCAGUCCCUUCCAUGUGUUAUUUGUCUUGCGUCUUUCACCUUCUCACCUGCUACUCUUGCUUUUGGUAGGAACUAGAAUAUCGGGCUAAAAAAGCUAGCCAUUUUUUCAGACUAAAAAAAUAGUACCAAAAAUUUGUUAGCGAGUGUGAUCAUUUCGUAAUCAGUGGUAGCAGAUAUUUGCUGGGCAGAGCUAAAUUUGAAUAUGCCAUGGUCCUUCUUAAUAAUGAUGGUUACAUUAAGGUAAAGCAUAGAAUUUCGUUUUCUUUGUUUUUAUUUUUUUAAAAGAAUACUGAUAAUGAAAGGAUUUGUUCUGAAAAAGUCAACUUAUUGUUGCCUGUUUAAGAAGAUUGGAUUUAUGUCUUGAUACAUGAUUUUAUUGAAGCUUGCAGUGACAGUGGAUGUAGCGCUAGGUCAGAGUGGAAACGUGAUUUGAAGCAGUGAUCCCAAUGGGUAAAAGAAGGAGAAUGGAGCUAAUGUAAAUUUCUGCCAAUUUGACUGCGUGGCAUCAUAAUUUCUUGCAAACUUUUGUAGGUUGCAAAAGAAACGCUGCAGUAAAAUAUCAGAAAAGGAACCACAUGAGCUUGACCACUAAUUCUUAUGCUCAUUUCACAACUAGGAGAUGGGAAUAUCAGCAUGUCACAAGGGCUGCUUGAUUGAAUCUUCCAGAUCCUCCUUUGUUUCUUCAACCAAUAUGACACUUGAAGAUUUUUUUACUCUUACUGAGAUGAAGGAUGGGCUUUCAAAUCUUGCUAGAGUUGAAGAGCUAAUUUCUAUGCUUCAAAAGCUAAAAGAUCAUAUUACAAGUAAUGCUGGCGAUGCAGCAAGACAAUGGUCAACUGUUGCGGGCACCUUAGUGGCCACAGGAAACAAUGAAUGUCUUGAUCACUUUGUUCGGUUAAAUGGGCUUUGUUUUCUAAAUCAAUGGCUUCAGGAAACUCAAAGGUGCAGUAAUGAUGUCCGUGACAGUGCUGUGGAAGAAUUGAUAAUGAAAUUGUUAGCAUUGCUUGAUAAGCUUCCAAUUAACAGUGAAAAGUCAAAUGCUUCUGGAGUUGGGAUUACUGUUGAACAGCUCCUUGGUCACAAUAACCUUAAAAUCAAGGAGAGGGCAAAAAUACUGUAUGAUAAGUGGAAAAAUGCAGAAACUACUGAGGGAAGUUGCAGUGACCAUGACAAAGGUGAAAAAUGUCAAAUUGAACAGCCCAAACCUUCAGAUAGUGCACAGACUAUUGAAGAGGGCAUAUCAUCUGCAUGUCCUGUCCUUGAUAUUUCUGCAUGCAAAAGUGGAGCUGAUGAAGGGAAUUGUAAAGUAGAAUCAGUGGGGAAUGAAUCUCAUCACUCAAAUGUUACCAGGUGUUCAGACAUUUUGCAGAAACCUGAUUCCAUUAGCAGUGAGAAAACAUGUAUUCCAGAUCAAACUCCACCAGCAACUUCUUCAGCUUCUGCUGAUGCAAAUGCAGCCUUGGGAGAUGUGAAUUCAUCAGGUUCAUCACUUAUUUCAAACUCUUGUCAGGAAAACAUAUCUGCUACAGAAGAAUCUUCUGUUUGCCCUGCAGCAGGAUUGGCCUCCUCUGGCACAUGCAGUUCACAAUUUGUGAAGGGAGGAGAUGAUCAGCCCAAUGUAUCAGUGUACAAGGAUGCUUCUGCUUCUGAUGGUGUUAAAGAGAUGGAGGUGAAUAUAAUGGAAAGUAAACUUACUGAAUCUACUCAGAAAGAGAGAACCAAUGUUCUGCCAUCUUCCGGUUUAACUGCUUCUGCAUCUCAAGUGAUUGCUGCAACAGAACGCACUCUAUUGUGCAAUUUAGAUUCUAAUAAGAAUGAAGCUCGUCCAUCAGAGAUGUUGGAGCCUGCACCAAACACUCUAGGUGCUGACUGCAGGAUGCCAAAGUGUUUGGGCAAGCCAGUUGCUCAUGUCACAAAGGGCUUUCAAGAUCUAUCUGGUAAAUCAUGCGUAAUUGGAAAGCUAGAUGAUCCUGAGAAUUCUCGACAGAGGGAGGAAGAUAAUGAAAGUGACAGUGGCAUUAAAGAUCCUGGCAGCGAGGUUGAUUUGAAGGCAACCAAAGGUAUGGUGAUUCCCUGUGAUUCUUCGAAUGUAAAGGACACUAAAGCAACCCGGAUGACCAACCAAAAAUCAGAUUUGGGUCUUGAAUAUGAGGAGAUUGAUGCAUUGGAAGUUGCAAGGCAAGUUGCUAUAGAAGUGGAACGGGAGGUUGCUGACUAUAGAGAACCUUUUAGCAGCUCUCCUGAGGUCAAUUCUGGAGGGACGAUGGGUGCCCAUAGUCCUGAUAUUGAAGAAGGAAAGCAGGAUGAAUCAGUGAUCGGCGAAGUUAAUGGAAAUAAAUCACCAGCUCAUGAAAAAGAUAAUUCUGGCAAUGCUUCUUCUCCUAAGGAAGAUGGUUCAGGAAUCACAGAGAAUACUAGCACUGAUCCUGAGAAACCUGAGCAAGAUUUACAAUCCAGUAAGUUGAGUUUCUCUGCCCAAGAACCAGUUGGUAAGCCUGUUGGGGAUAGAUGCAUCUUUGAUCUGAAUGCAAAUAUUUCUGCUGAGGAAUCUGAUUGUCUAACAAAGCCGAUCCCUGUGGUGCCAGUCAAUGUGUCUACACCUGUAGCUAUUGCUCCUGCUUCUAAAGGGACUCCAGGAUUGCCAGUUGCCCCUCUUCAAUUUGGAGGUGAGCUGGGAUGGAAGGGUUCUGCUGCCACUAGUGCUUUUCGACCAGCAUCCCCUCGGAGAACUCCAGAUGGCGAAAAGACACAUUCAAGCCCUAAAGAGAAACCAAACUUCCUUGGGAUUGAUCUGAAUGUGGCUGAAAGUGAGGAUGAUGUGGUUAUUGGAAUGUUAUCUGUGAAAAAGUUACCUGCUUCCUCCGGCUUGCCUUCUGGGGAUUCUUCUAUGGAAGUCAGUUCAAGAAGAGCAGAGAGGCUGAUCUUGGAUCUUAACCGCCUUGGGGAUGAGGAUGCGUCGACCAAUUUAUCCUCUUCUUGGAAGAUCCCUCCCCUGGUGGGAGAUCAGAGCUUGUCUUCAGCAUCCUCAUCAUCUUCAAGACAGCCUUCCAUGAGAGACUUUGACUUGAAUGAUAACCCAUCUUUCCUUGAUGAUGGUGGUUCACCGAACUUUUAUAAACCAUCUUCUGAGGCCCCUGGCACGUAUGGAGGAUCAAAACUAGAUGAACAUGUUGUUACGAUCAUGGGUGCAAGAGUGGCCGUUGAAAGGAAGGAUUAUGCCAACCAAGUUCAGCAUGCCUUUCUUGGGGUUGGACUGAAUAUGGAAUCUGGAGUGGCUACUAGAUCAGUGCUGCCUUAUGGUCACAUGCCACCUCCUGCUUAUGGGUAUAAUGGACUUGGGACAGGGCCUACCAUGCCUUUUCCUCCUGCAUACUAUGGACCUGGGAGCUUUCCUUACAUGGUGGAUUCUAAGGGAGUUCCUCUAGCACAUGUUAUGGGCUCAGCAGGACUGAAUGGUGCACCAUCAGCAAGGCAGCCUUUCCUUGUGAGUGUAACUAAUGCUCCUGCUAGUUCCAAUGUGUAUGGGGCUUUCCGACCUGGUUUGGAUUUGAAUUCUGGGAUGGCGUCAAUUGAGGGUGGGAGCAGGGAUGGUGGGAGCUUUAAGCAGUUAUUUUGGCAAGGGGAAAAUGGUUUGAUGGAAGAACAAACAAGGACUAUGACACAGCCUUCUAGUUCAGGGACAAGACUGAAACGGAAGGAGCCAGACUCUGGGUGGGAGCCAUCUCAUUCUUAUGGUUAGAAACAGGUGACAUCAUGGCAAUAGUUGUUUUCUUUUCCUCUUAAAUUUUAUCUUCUGAGGCAGCUUGGUCAUAGGUGUCUUCGCUGUUCCUUGAAGGUGGCGGGCCAAUUCAACCAUAUGACAAUGUUAGAUAAAAGGAAUAAUUCUGGUUAUAGAUAUUUGAUGGAAAUUGAUUUCCAAAAAAAAUGUAGGUUUAAUUGUUUAAAUGCCUGUUAUUUGUUGCUGAUUGAUUAUAGAGGCAAUUUCAGCUGCUCGAAGCUGGAUUCAUGUAUAUCUCAUAAAUAUUUUUAUAUAGUGAAGGAGUAGAUGACUUUUUGGGAA